AUGGCGUCGGCGCGCACGCCGCUCCUCGCCGCGCCGCGCCGCGAUGGCAUCGGCAAGCGCGCGGCGACGGCCCUGGCCGUCGCCGCCGUCGCCGGCCUCGGCCUCGUGGGCAACGGCUACGGCACGGCGCCGCUGCUGGCGCUGGCGCGGCGCGACGCCGUGAACGAGGGCUUCGAGGCGGCGCUCCUGUCGCCCGGCGAGACCGUCGUGGCGCCGCUCGUCGCCGUCGAGACCUGGGCCUGCGGCGGACGCGGCGACGCGGUGCCCGUCGAGGAGCACUACCUCGCAAAGCGCGACGGCGGGCCGUCGCUCAUGAGCGGCCACAUCUUCCUCAAGCAGGCCUACACCUACUGGCGCUACGGCCUCUGCGGCCCCCGCGCGUCGGCGCGCGCCGGGAAAGCCGCCCGGGUCACGAGCUACCGCUACGACGGCCGGCAAGCGCUGCUGUCCGCGCUCGCGGAGGGCAAGCUCGGCGCGGGCGCGGUCGUCUGGGUCACGGUCACCUCCGAGGCCCUGGACACGGACUUCGACGACUUCGACACGCUCCAGCGCGCCUACGGCGUGCCGCGGGCGUCGCUGCAGCGCGGCGUCGUCGGGGACCUGGACGGCGACGCCGCCACGGCGCUCGACACGAUGUGCGUCUACCAGUACACGCCGGACAUCGCCGCCGCGGCGCUCGCGGCGCGCGCGCGGGGACGGCUCCUGGCGUCGCCGCGCGAGCCCGCGCGGCGACUGGCGGCGCUCUUCGCGACGGUGGACGGCCUCGAGCGCGACGCCGCGGCGACCGAGGCCUACGUCGCCGCGCGCGUCGCGGAGCUCGUCGGCGACGCGUCGUUCUGGCGGCGCGACUGGGAGCGGAACGCGCGCGUCGUCGCCGCGGCCGGGAGCGCGGCGACCCUCCCGUGCUUCGACGGCGGCGCCGGCGCGCGCCGCCCGACCGCGCCGCGCCCGCCGCCCGCGGGGGCCCUCGGCCCGACGCUCGCGGCCGCGGCCGCGCCGCCGGGCCCGUCGCUCGCGACCGUGCGCGACGCGGACCCGGGCCGCGACGCCUGCGACUGCGCCUUCGACGUGCUCCGACGGCCGGCGCCGGUCGCCGAGGGCGCCGACUACGUCCGCGCGUCGUGCGCGCGCGACGGCGCGGGCCUCGGCGGCGGCGCCGCCGCGAGCGUCGUCCGGCGCGUCAGCGACGCCAUGAUGCGCGAGGACAUCCUGCGGGAGAUGCGGCUCCGCGGGCAAAACAUCGUCAACGACCUCACGGACCAGACGAAGCGCCGCGACGCGCGCGUCCGCGCCGCGGUGGCGCUCCAGACGGCGUCGCGUGUGGUCGCCGCGCGACGCGAGACGGCGCCCCUCUUCCGGGCGCUGAAACGGGUGAAGGCCGCGACGCGGCUCCAGGCGGCCGCGCGGCGCCGCGACGCGGCGUCCGAGGCCGCGCGGCGCCGCGAGUACGAGGCCUACGUCGCGACGCUCGCGCUCCGCUUCCGGGAGACGCGGGCGCUGGAGAAGGUCCAGUCCUGGGCGCGCCGCGAGGCCGCGUUGCGGGCCACGCGGCGGUCCCUUUUCGUCUACGGGGACCUGAUCGGGAAACUGAUCCGCGAGCUCGCGGCGUCCGAGGCGCGCGACUGGGCGUCGGAGCGGCGGUCGACCUACGUGUUGGACACGGCGGCGACGCGGAGCCGCGCGUCCGCGAGCCGCGGCGGCCGCCUGCCGUCGCGCGACGAGACGCGGACCCGCGCGCCGCGGUCGCCGGAGCGGACGCCGGGCCGGCGCCUGUCCGUGAGCGCCGGCGACGACGGCGGGAGCCUGUCGUCGGCCUCCGCCAAGACGCCCGCGUCGCCGCCGGCGCGGAAGCGGCCCCUCGGCUCGUCGCUCGCGAAGUCGCAGGCGUUCCGGCCGUUCGCGUCCCACUUCCUGAAGUUGAAGGCAUUCGCGGGCCAGGGCGCGGCGCCGGCGCCCCUCGCGCCGACGGUGACGCGCCUGAGCCGCGCGGCCGCGCCGGCACCGGCGCCCGCGCCGUCGCCGCGGCGCCCCAAGGCCGCGGAGCCCGAGACCGUGGACCUCCGCGACAAAGAUUUAGAGACCUGGGUCUCGGCGCUGUCCUGGGACGGCGAGGCGGCCCCGGAGCUCCUCGAGGCGGAGCGCGAGGGCAGGACCGCGUUCCGGGGCCCGCGGAGCGCGCCGCUCCCCGGCGCGCCGCGCCUCGACGCGCCGAGCAGGGCAGCAAAAGAGAGCGAAGCGCCGAGCCUCUGGGACGCGACGUGCCAGCGCGCGACGACCGCGCCCUACGGCAAGUCCCUCGCGGAGCGGUCCCUGGGCACGACGGUGUCCGGCUACCUCAGCGACGCGGGCAACCGGCGCCUCGUCGAGGCCCACGACCGGCCCCUCUGCACC